AUGGCUUCGUCACACGAUCCCGCGCGGCGGCGAUCAAGUUCUGCCAGCUACAACGCCCCGAUCGCGUACCAAAACCUCGACGAUGCCACCGCCGGAUUAUCAGUCGAUAUCCCAGACGAAAAUCCGUCGCCAACAACAGAAAAGCCGCCGCCGUCCCCUGUUCGCGAAGCUCGGCGGCGAUCCGUCGCAGAAGCCCCGUCCUACGACAUUCCAGACGACUGGGCGAAUCUCGAUGAACUGGCAGCGACAAGCCCCGUGGAAAACGUCGCCGAGUCGUCUAUAUACAGGCACCACAGCCUAGAGCAGAUUCGGAGUCGAGACCGUGAAGAGCGGGAAUCGCGACGCGCCAGUCUCGCAGAGUCAACCCUGCAACCCCCAGCGGCGGAAUUGACCGACAUCUACACGAUAUCGUACCUCGUCUUCUUUGCCAUAUGGGGCACUCUUGCGCGUGUGGGAUUGAGCGCAUUGAAUACUUACCCUGGCGACCCAGUCAUAUUCAACAUUCUAUGGGCCAACUUCGGCGGCAGUCUCGUCAUGGGCUUCCUCUCCGAGGAUCGGAUGCUGUUCCGCUAUGAAUGGGGAACACCUUCCUAUGACCAAAUGCUUGCGCGCGCAAAGGAAAAUUCAAAUACUGGCUCAGAGAGCUCAGGACAGGGCGAUCAAGUCAUCGAUCUAGUGGCCGCCAAGAAGGCCCAUCUAGCAACCAAAAAGACGAUUCCCCUCUACAUUGGCCUGGCGACCGGUUUCUGCGGCAGCUUCACCAGCUUUUCAAGCUUCAUCCGCGACAUCUUCCUCGCCCUGUCCAACCAAAUGGUCACCCCCGGCCUAGGCAUCCCAGGCCGAAACGGCGGAUACUCAUUCAUGGCCCUCCUCGCCGUGACCAUCACGACAGUCUCCCUCUCGCUAGCAGGCUUAAUCCUCGGCGCGCACCUCGCCAUCGCUCUAGAACGAUUCACCCCGUCCAUCCCAUACCCCGUGACCCGCAAGAUCCUCGACCCCCUCGGCGUCUUCCUCGGCUGGGGCUGCUGGCUCGGCGCAGUCCUCAUGGCAAUCUUCCCCCCGCACAACAAGUGGCGCGGCGAGAUCCUCUUCGCCCUCGUCUUCGCACCCCUGGGAUGCCUCGCCCGCUUCUACCUCGCCAUCUAUCUCAACGGCAAAAUCGCCUCGUUUCCCCUGGGUACUUUUGCUGCAAACAUCGCUGGCACCGCCGUCUUGGGUAUGUCGUGGGAUAUCGCUCACGCUCAAAUAGGAGGGAUCGUCGGAUGUCAGGUGUUGCAGGGAAUCGAAGAUGGCUUCUGUGGGUGCUUGACUACCAUCUCGACGUGGGUUGCCGAGUUGAGCAGCCUCAAACGAAGCCACUCGUAUAUAUAUGGCUUUAGUAGCGUGGCGGUCGCUCUGGCAGUAAUGAUUGCCAUCAUGGGAGGCCUACGAUGGAGCGAUGGCUUUAGCCCUUUGCUUUGCGUGUCUUAA